AUGAAUAAUAGUAGUACAAUAAAGAUAUUUCCUUUGCUCUCAAAUGAAACUGAAAGCAAUACAGCUAACAAUGUAACCGAUGAUUCUACAAUUUUUACAACAAUUGAAAUGUCAAUUUAUUUUCUUUCAUUUGUUAUUGGAGGACCUUUAAAUAUAAUAUCAUUCUACAAAAUUUACAAUGUAUUUUGUAAUACUAAAAAUUGUACUCAAAUAAUAUUAUUACGGUUAAAUCUUAAUAUUGCUGAUUUGAUAACUGUUUUUAUAUUUGCACCAGGACAAUUUUUUUGGCUUUAUUUUUAUCAAUGGUACGCUGGUGAUAUAAUGUGCAGAAUUUUUAAAUUUUUUGCUGUAUUUUGUUUUUAUUUAAAUUCAUUUAUUAUUGCUUGUAUUGCUGUAGAUAGAUUAUUUAGUAUGACAAAUAUUCAUUCAAUAAAAAUGAACCAGCUGGCUAAAAAAAGAGCCAUCAAAAUGAUUAUAUUUGCUUGGAUUGUAUCAUUUAUUUUAGCUUUACCACAAUUAUUUAUCUUUCAACUUUUCAAACCAUUUGAAGGAACAAGUGACUUCAAACAAUGUACACCUAUAUGGACAAUAAUAUCAUUUAAAGUCGAUAAUAUAUUAAAUGAUAAAAAUGUUAAUGAGGAAAUGAGAAAUUUAGCAUUAGAGAAAUUUUCUACAAGUAAAUAUUGGGAAAAAAUGUAUAAUAUAUUCCAUUUACUUUUUACUUUUUGGAUACCAACAAUAAUAAUUAUUAUUAGUUAUGUUCUUGUUUUAUUUAUAAUGGGAAGUUUUACUUCCUCAGCUCCAAAAAAAGAAAAUGAAUCUAGUGAUGAAAUAUCAUUAUCAUCUUCAAUUGAAAUAUCUGCCUUUGACAAGUUAUCAAAAACAAAUACAUCAAUAAAAUGUGAUGAUUGUAACUAUCAAGAAAAUCAAAUGAAAAUUUUAUUACAAAAUGAAGAUGGUCCACUUAUUUUGGAUGAAAUUGAUAAAACAGGUACAUCAUUAAUAAAAAAAUCUGAAGAAAUUACAUCAUUCAACAAAGGACAUACAAAACAUUCAUCACAAAAAAAUAAAAAAGAAUUUUUGAGGAUGUCAAUAACACCAAAUAUAAUAAAUAAAGAAAAUAAACUUGGAACUAUGGCCAUCAAAACAAUUGAAAUAGCAAAGAAAAGAACUAAAAAACAGGCAAUGUUUAUUAUAAUUGCAUUUUUAACUAUUUGGACACCUUAUAAUUUGUUAGCUAUUAUGAAUUUUACAUUUUCUCAUAUUCAAGUUUUAGAAAAAAUUUUGACAUCACCUUUUAUAACAUGUUUAAAUGCAUUACUUGUUAUAAAUCCUAUUAUAAAUCCAAUUAUAUAUGGAAUAUUUGAUGGAAAACAAUAA